AAUACGCCUCCCGGCCCGAGCCCCCCGGACCCCGCGCCCGCCGCCGCCUCCGACGCGAGAGAAGAAAUGUCCCACACAGGACCCCUCUCCAGGAACCUCUUUCUGAGCACCUUUCUGCAGGAGCAUGGCCCGGAAGUGCUGGAGGUCCCUGGCAUGACUGAUCUCGUGGACUACUAUGAUCCAGGGCCCUCCCCUAACAGCAGCAACCCCGACGAUGUGGCCAUGCGGCUGGCCUUCAUCGGGGACGAGAUGGAAGUGAGAUGGACGCUGCCCCGCAUUGGCGAGCUGCCCGGGAUGGCCGUGCACAGCUUGGCUUUUACCUACAACCAGAUGGGCCUGAGAGGUGUUCUCCGAAGUUUCGUGGAUGGUCUCACUAACCUCAGGGAGCACAUACGGAUCUGGAGCUUCCUGACCUUCAGGAACAGGCUCAUGCUCCCACUGUCCCCAGCCGAUGAGCAGCCUGGGUGGGCUGGCUUCUCCUCCUCUGUCCUCUGUCGCGUCCUCAGCCAUCUCCCCACCUGCCUGUGCUGCUCUUCCUGGUUUUUGUCCCCGACCGGUCCGGUUUGGAGAUGCUCCUGCGUCCCCCACCUUCCCUGACUCGUCCUUCCCCACCCCGGCCUCAGCCUCGCGGGCUUAUCCCUGUGUCCACAGAGCGGGCACAGAAGGAGCCGCGGAAGGAGCCACCUCUGUUCCGGGCUGGAGGGCCUCACCUCUCCCCCACCUUCAUCCCACAGGUGUCCCCCAACCCCGGGCGCGGGCUGGUGCUGUCCCUGCUGCUGCUGGUGGUGCUGCUGCUAGGCUGGGGGCUUCAGGUCCUCCAGUGAUGCCAGCUGCUGCUCGGGGGCGGGGCUGGCCUCGCCCCCCCUGGCCGCCACCCUGGCGGUGGCCUUGUUGGGUUUGUUGUCUUUUUAACGGUUUUCUGGUGAUGCCUUUUUUAUAUUUAAAACGGAGUGCUGGGACACUACUGAGGUUUCAUACUAGUUUUUUUUCUUUUUCUUUUUGUAAGAGAAAUGAAUUCAUUAUACCUCUGGGGUCGUUGCUGGUUAACUGCCCUUGCCAAGGCCUGGCUGGGCCUGCUCUCCUGGCCCCAGCCCACGUGAGGUGGCCUGUCCCGGGAAGGAGCCUUCCUCUCGAGGGGGGGCCCUGUGGCGGGCCGUGGGGGGAGUGCUGGCCACACCCCCAUGUCUGUGAUGCCCCGGGGCAAAGAGAAAAUCUGCUGGAAUAGAUUUCUGAGGGGUGAGGAGAGCUCAAUAAAAUGUUGGUUUCCA